AAAUAAAGAACUAAUAAGCUCAAAGUCAAUCUUGAAGAACCUCACCGGUCGAUUACACACCAAAAACUAACCACCAUCUUCAUCCUCUACCUCCGUAAUCUUCGUCUCCAAUUCUCCACUUCAAUUCGGUCUCCGCCGCUUUUGGUGAUCAAUUCAGAUCCUGAUCCGCCGUCGUUCACGGCUAAUGGAGGCAGCUGCUGGCGGCGCUGGUCCGGCGCCGUUUCUCAUCAAGACCUAUGAAAUGGUUGACGACUCCGCCACUGACGAGAUCGUCUCAUGGUCCUCUUCCAAGAACAGCUUUGUGGUCUGGAAUCCCCCUGACUUCGCUCGCGUUCUUCUUCCUACGUUUUUCAAGCACAACAACUUCUCCAGCUUCAUUCGGCAACUUAAUACCUACGGCUUUCGAAAGAAAGAUGCUGAGAGGUGGGAAUUUGCCAAUGAAGAUUUCAUAAAGGAUAAAAAACAUCUGCUGAAGAACAUCCACCGUCGGAAACCAAUUCACAGUCACAGUAAUCCUCAAGGAUCUCAUGUAGAUCCAGAGAGAGCUGCUUUUGAAGAUGAAAUAGGGAGGCUAUCUAGUGAAAAAACAACAAUUGAAGCUAAUAUCUCAAGGUUCAAACAGAAAAAAUCGAGUGCUAAACUUCAGUUGCAAGAACUAACGAUGAAGGUGGAAAGCAUGGAAAAAAGGCAGAAGAAUUUAUUGGCUUUCUUAGAAAAGGCUGUUCAGAACCCUUCUUUUGUUGAACAUCUUGCUCGAAGGGUCGAGUCUAUGGACUUCACAGCAUUUAACAAAAAGAGACGACUGCCUUCUGCCGAUCAUUCACAGCCAGUCGUCGAAAACAGUUUUUUGGAUAGCCAUUGUAGUUCCAAAUCUGAGCCUGGGAUUAUUUUUCAUCAAGAUUUCUCACAUAAGCUGAGAUUAGAAACUUCAUGUGCAUCAGAUAUUAACUUGAUUUCAUGUAGCACUCAGAGUUCAAAUGAAGAAGGGGGAAGUUCACAACGAAAUAUGUCAAGAGCUGUCCAAGAACAUCUUCAUUUUGCAGCUGAAACAUUAGAUCUCUCAGACACUGGGGCAUCGUUUAUAUUGAAGAGGGAUUCAUCUUUGUCAGGGAAAUCGCCUAAUGACAAGAGCCCACUUCUGCACUUAUUGCAACCAUAUGUUAGUUCCAAAGAAGAUGGAGAAAGUCACAUCUCCUGCCAUUUGAAUCUCACCCUGGCUUCUUCUUCGCUGCGAAACAACGACACUGCUUGUUCGGUUAGAACGCCACAACAGAGUCAGAAUGUUCGAAAAUCCCCAGAUUCAAAGGUAGAUUCAAAUGCAAAAGAAUCAGAUAUGAGACUGGGUUGUCCCCAAGACACCUCAAUGAACAAUCAUGGACCUCCAGCUGCUCCUAUCAGGGUCAAUGAUGUUUUCUGGGAACAGUUUCUUACCGAAAGACCAGGUUGUCCUGAAAGUGAAGAGGCAGAUUCUAACCACAGGGAAAAUCUAUACAAGGAGCCAUAUGAUGGGAGAUCUGGCCUAUCUCUUUGACUAUACAGUUUCUUUGUGAUUUUUCGGAGUUACUCGUACGCUGUUGCCCGAGAUCUUCUGUCGAAGAUUGUUGGGAGUGGAGUCCCACCUUGGCUAAUUAAGGGGUUGAGAAGUAAAGAAUACAUCUCCAUUGGUACGAGGCCCUUUAGGGAAACCAAAAGCAAAACCACAAGAGCAUAUGCUCAAAGUGGACAAUGUCAUAUACAAUACCAUUGUGUAGAUUCAUGAUUCCUAACAUUUUCGUGGUACACUUACAACCGUGCAUAAUGGUGUUCAUUCAUGAGAGUGAUUAGGAAGGUCAAUUUUACAACUUAUUAACUACCUUAGCUUAGAGAUGACUUAACCACAACUUACCUCGAAUACUUCAUCUGUAUAUUCAUGGAAAAUUUUGCUAAGAAACACGCGCGCGCGCAUGUGUCUAUGCUGAGUUGCUUAACCAUUUUGGAUGUUGAGUGCACUCUCUGGAAUAAAUUGUCUUGGAGCCUAUGAAUCCUCUUUAUUUUUCUUUAAAUCAUUUCUUUUUAGACGUUACCGUACAAAAUUUAGUCAUCGAAGAAACUUGUAUGAUAUUAAAUCUUAAAUAGACGACUACGUAGCUUGAA